ACCGGCAGCGCUGGAUUUUCUUCUGCUGAGAUUGCAGACUCUCUCCCUUCCCCCAUUCUCUCCCCAGAACCAUCGGGCACCUCUCCUUCAACCAGUCCGGGACGCUGGUCUUUUUCCACCUUCUUUCGCUGCCUCCUUCCAGUCCCCCUGAGGAAUUUUCACUUUAUACUUAGUCAAGUGUUCGUUUCAUUCCCGUUCACAGCGAAAGUUACGGAGAUUUUUUUCAGGAGCGCUUUCCCCCCCGAAAAGGCUUACCUUUACCUGCAAAUCGCCUUCGUUUCUUACCGCACCAUCCCAUCACGGACGGCCAUCUUUUAUUCGACACCUGCUGCCGACUUCCCCGCCAUAUAUAGUUUCCAUUUACCUUGCUUCAAUCUUUCGCCUUCCCCUUUUUUUACCGAUUGCCUACCAUGGGGCUGGUAAGUCAGCUCGUUCGGCGGAUUCCUUCGAAAGGUGCCAUUCCUUCGCUUGAAGAUAUUUCUAGGGGCCGCCUUCCGUCUCGGUUAUCAUUUCUGCGGCGGCGUAUACGGUUAAAAGGAAAUUCAUCGAUAUCCAUACCGCUGGGAGUCGUGUUGUUGUUCCCAGUGACGGUGAUCUUACUCAUAAUGCUUUUGUUCUCUCGGCAUCCGGAUAAUCGUACUUCAAUCUUGAUCCCUUCGGGCUCUCCUCCCGCAAUAAGGUAAUAUUUCAUUCCGAUCCCGCCGUCAAGAAACAAUUGACCGCGCUCCGAAUUUAACUGUCUUUUGCAGAAGAAUUUCGGAAAUUUAUGAUAAGCCCUUCGUCGUCGGAUGUUUAGAACCAGUAACGGACACUCCUCGAGUAAAUGCAGCAUUCGUUGUGUUGGCUAGGAAUAGCGAGUUAGAGGGCGUCAUCCAAUCGGUAAAAUCGAUAGAACGCCAUUUCAACCGCUGGUAUAACUAUCCGUAUGUGUUUCUCAAUGACGAGGAGUUCAAUGAGACCUUCAAGUCGACCAUCAUCAAUUACACCAGCGGAACGGUAGAAUUUGGAUCGAUCCCGAAGACGAUGUGGGGUUUCCCGGAUUGGGUUGAUAAAGAUGAGGCCACCGAGUCAAUUGCGAAACAGGGAGAUGCUGCUAUCAUGUACGGUGGUAUGGCCAGUUACCAUCACAUGUGCCGUUUUUAUUCCGGGUAUAAAUAUUUCCUCUUCGGUUGUGCCUCCAAGUUUCCACUCAUAUUAUUCUGACAUCUAUUCCGUACCAGCUUCUUCUACAAGCAUGAGCUACUCGCCAAGUAUGAAUGGUACUGGAGAUUGGAGCCCGAGAUCAAGUACUUCUGCGAUAUUACCUAGUAUGUAACGAGCCCCCCAAGCCUAAUCGUCCGGUACUUACCGGGACCUUUAGCGACCCAUUUCUCCACAUGCAACGACAGAAUAAGACAUACGGAUUUACCAUUGCUGUCAAGGAGCUGAAAGAAACUGUUCCUAACAUCUUUCGAUAUGCAUCUGCGUACAAGAGGAACAACAACCUUCCAACCACAGGUCUUUGGUCAAUGUUUUCAGAGCCGAGACAAGACCCCAACAAUCCACAACAGGAGGGAAGAGAAGAGCCCACACUUGAUAAUGUCAACACUGCUGGUGAGAAAUGGCCCGUUGUGGAUGGUGAUGCCAUGGAGGGAGAGGCCUACAAUAUGUGCCAUUUCUGGAGCAAUUUUGAAAUUGCUAGACUAGAUUUCUUCCGGAGCGAGAAGUACGAGAAGUUCUUUGAGACUAUGGAUAGAAGCGGCGGUUUCUGGACCGAAAGGGUAUGCCCGCCAGUAGUUCCACAAACCCGGUUUCCCUUUUGCUGACUUGACCAUCUUUACAGUGGGGAGAUGCUCCCAUCCAUUCUCUAGCAACCGGUGUACUUCUUGAGCCAUCCGAUAUUCACUAUUUCCGUGACUUUGGAUACCGACAUACUACAAUCCAGCAUUGUCCAGCUAAUGCCCCAGCAAGACAGCUUCCAAGGCCCAAGUGGGUCGAGAAGACAACUACCGAUCCCAAAAAGGCAAAGGAGGAAGACGAUUAUUGGGAAAACUGGGACUCGGAGAAGGAGAACGGUGUUGGGUGCCGAUGCAGAUGCGACACCGACAUUGUUGAUGUUGAGGGCAAACAGGGCAGCUGUCUGUCUGAGUGGGUUAAUGUUGCUGGCGGAUGGAUUUCCGCAUGAUGGAAAUGAUGGAAUGAUCUCAAGCGGCCCCUUACCAUGCGUCACUUGGGGAGCUAAGACCGGGAUUACAACUGCAUCCGGAGCCUGUUUGCCGUCCUUUUCUCUUUUUGGUUUGUCAAGUGUUGUCCACGACGAUUUUCUGUGCUUCUUUCUUUUCGGUAUUUCACUAUAUUCCUUUCACUCUCUUUACCCAUGCCUACCACUUUUUAAAUAAUCUCCAUUCAUUUGCGGUUCGGUUGUUGUAAGAAUCGCUGCACGAAUUCUCUUCUCCCUUAUAUGUAUAGUGGUGGAAUUGUUAAUCUUGCUCUGUUUUCUACCUUGAUGCUGGUGUCGGAUGCAGUUCUGUGGAUCUUGGCAAGGUUGCGAAUCUCUGCAGGGAUGUCCUUUGUUUUCCCAUUUUUUCUUCGGGUCUUUAUUUUAACUUCUUUUCUCAUAUUUUAAACUUGGAAAUGCAAUGGGGAUGAGAGGGGGG